AUGCGCCACCACCCACUUCUGCAUCGACAAGAAAUGAGGACUGAUAGGUUUCCGAUGAAGGCGGACGCAGAGCUUAGCACCAAUACAGCCCACUGCCAUUCAACAUACAGAUCUGAGCAAGUCGUGGCCUUAGGAGUUUUACCUGUAAAAGUGUUUGGACCUCGCGGGUCAGUGACCACGGAUGCAUUCCUGGAUACCGGCUCUGACACUACGCACAUAGAUGCAAAACUAUUAUAUCGAUUUGGCCUUUGUGGCUACCGAGCAUCGUUGUCCGUAUCCAUAGUCGUCCAGACAGCCGAAGUGAAGUCGGAAGUAGUAGAAUUCCAGUUAGAACAGGAGCGACUAGAAGUAAAAAAGGUCUGGUCCGUCAGUUAUCUUCCCAACCUGAAGCGUUUCCUCUUAGGUUAA